CGGUAGAUUAAUAAUGGAAUUGUAUGCUGAUAUUGUGCCUAAGACUAGUGAAAAUUUUCGUCAAUUUUGUACUGGUGAACACAAAAAGGAUGGAAUUCCAUUUGGGUACAAAGGAUGUUGUUUUCAUCGAAUAAUUAAAGAUUUCAUGAUACAAGGUGGUGAUUUUGUAAAUGGUGAUGGUACUGGGGUUAUGAGUAUAUAUGGAGCAGAUACAUUUUCUGAUGAAAAUUUUAAACUUAACCAUGAUGCACCUGGACUAUUAUCAAUGGCAAACAGUGGUGUAGAUACAAAUGGAUGUCAGUUUUUUAUCACUUGUGCAAACUGCAACUUUUUGGAUGGAAAACACGUAGUAUUUGGUCGUGUCAUUGAUGGGUUGUUGGUAAUGAGAAAAAUUGAAAAUGUCCCAACUGGCCCCAACAACAAACCAAAAAUACCUAUUGUCAUAUCACAAUGUGGACAAUUAUAAAAGCUAUGAAAUAUACUUUUUUAUUUACUUCAUGUCGUUCAUUUGUAUGUAUGCAUUUAAAAAAAAUAAAUAUAAUUUUCAAAUUUA